GCUCGUGCUCCCAGCCCGGCGCCCGCCGCUGAGCCGUGCAGUCCCGGGCCUCUGCAAGCGCGGGCAGCGCUCCGUCCCCGGCUCCUGUGAGCUCGGAGCCUGCCGGUUCCCUUAGGUGGCUUCUGCUCUGGUCACCGCGCACAGCGGCCUGGCUGCUGCAGACACGUGCCCAGAAAUACUUUACUGGAGCGCAGAGGUUGAUCUUGCCACGUGUUUUAUAGGCUGCAAUUUCUUGAAAAGAAACAAGCACCAGUGUGUCCAUUAUAGUUCACCCUAAAACAAUGACAAACACUGAAAGGAGCCCCAAGCAGCAAAUGAUUUCUCAGCUACACAAUUUUGCUGCUACUGGAGACAAGGUCAGGUUGACAGCACUGUGUAGUCAGUCUCCAUCCCUUAUCAAUGAAGCUGCUGAGAAUGGUUGGACAGCCUUGAUGUAUGCUGCGAGAAAUGGCCGCUUCGAGAUUGUGCAGAUUCUUCUUGAAAAAGGGUGUGACAGGUCCAUUGUCAAUAAAUCAAGCCAGACUGCACUGGAUAUUGCUAAAUUUUGGGGGUAUAAGCAUAUAGCCAAUUUACUAGAAAAUGUUAAAGGUGGGCAGAAGCCUUUUUUUCUGCCAAAUUAUGUAAGAGAAUAUGAAAAUUAUUUUAGCAGGACACUUCUGGAUAGAAGAAGUGAUAAAAGAACAGAUUCUAAAUGGUUAAACAGAAAACAAAAUCAUCCAGCUACAAUAUACAUCCUUUUCUCAAAUUUAAGCCCUUUGGUCACUUUGGGUGGUGGUGAAGAUAGUUAUCAGCAGCCUGAAGUCAGGCUUUGCAGACUGUGCCACAAGGAUGUAAAGGAAUACAUGAGUCAAACUGAAGAAGUCACCUUGAUAUUUCUUGGAGUAGAACUUCAGUUGGCUUCUCUGAAUGGAAGAGUUCUGAAGGAAGAUGAAGAUGAUGGACUGGUUGCUUGGUUUGCCCUUAGCAUAGAUGCCACCUUUGCUGAACAGUUUAAACAGAAACAUGAAGACUGUUAUUUUCUUCAUCCUCCGAUGCCUGCAUUGCUGCAGUUGCCUGAAAGAGAAGCUGGCAUAGUAGCCCAGGCCAGAUCUGUGCUAGCAUGGCAUAACCGAUACCAAUUCUGCCCAACAUGUGGCAGCUCAACCAAGAUUGAAGAAGGAGGCUACAAAAAGACUUGUUUAAAAGAAGAUUGUCCUAGCCUCCAAGGUGUUCACAAUACAUCAUACCCAAGAAUUGAUCCUGUAGUGAUAAUGCAAGUCCUUCAUCCAGAUGGGAACCAGUGCCUUUUAGGCAGGCAGAAGAGGUUUCCUCCUGGCUUAUUUACCUGCCUUGCUGGAUUUGUAGAGCCUGGGGAAACAAUAGAAGAUGCUGUUCGAAGAGAAGUAGAGGAGGAGAGUGGAGUCAAAAUUGGUCAUGUUCAGUAUGUCUCUUGUCAACCAUGGCCAAUGCCCUCCUCCUUAAUGAUUGGCUGCUUAGCUGUUGCAAUAUCUACAGAAAUUAGAGUUGACAAGAAUGAAAUAGAGGAUGCCCGUUGGUUCACUAGAGAACAGGUUGUGGACGUUCUCAUUAAAGGAAACCAGCAUUCUUUCCUUGUGCCACCGAGUCAAGCUAUUGCACACCAGUUGAUAAAACACUGGAUUGGAAUGAAUGCUAACCUUUAAAUGCAAGGAACUGAUUUAUUUGUGUUAAAUUACUGUUUCCAGUGACUGCUAAUGUAAAUACAUUAGAAAUAACUGGUUAUUUACUAAGGUGUGUGACCACAGUUGUUCUUGAGUUUGUCAUUUGGCUCCUGAUACAUACCUGCACUCAGUGAUUCCUUUCAGAAAUGUGUUGGAGUGCGCCAGUGACCCACUGAUUACCCCAAACCAAAAAAAGUCAACAUUAAAUUGUUAUUUUUCAGGAAUUUUUGUAAUAGGUGAUUUUGCACUUCACUGUACCUCCUUUUAUUUCCCAGCACUUGUCUGACCUCAUCUGGAUCUGCUUUUUUUUUUUUUGUUUGAGACAUUAGGUUAAAGUCAGCCAUGGUGUAAGUUGUGAUAACUCUGCUGAUUAUGCUUGUGUCUGAUUCCUUCCCCCUAUGUUUACCUGCAAUUUUGUCUGUUUUUUCCCUUUUUUCCACACUUCUCUCACUUUUGGCCAUUCGUCACUUUCCCACAUCCCAAAAGACACUUUGCUACUAAAAUUUAUUGCUAUGUCACCAUUUAAUGCUAGAACAUCUAUUAGCUUCAGGUAUCGCAUGUUAGCAGUACAUUCAAUGGAGGCUAUAUGUGUAAUGUGUUUUAUAUCUAAUAUUAGUCUUAAAAUAAAAUACUGUUAUAAGCAGUCACUGACUUGUUGACUGGUAGAUAGCAAAUGACAUCGCAGAUUAGCUUCUUUAGUCAGCGUAAAUUAGUGUACAGACCUCAGAAAUCAAGUAAAUUAAAUUAGACAAGACAGUAACUAAAACAACAUUUCAUCUAAAUACAAAAUAGCGUUUUAAAAUUUCAGGGAUUAAGGAAUGCUGCUUAUGCAAGUAAAGUAUAACCAAAAAUGUUAGUUAACUUAAAUAUACCAAUUGUAAAAGUAAUGAAGAGAUGACAGUCUUUUGGAAAAAUAAAAUAUUAAUUUAUUGUUGUUUGUUUAAUGUUAGUAAUUUAUAGUACAGUUUCAGAUUUUGAGCCUUCAUUGUAAAUUAAUGACAAUUAAGAAUUCUUUCAAAAUGGAAGGCUAUACAGCAGAGGGUCUCAAACUUUUUUGGCCUAUGGCCCACGGCCCGCCUGGCUCGAUGCAAACCUUUCUGCAGAUCACCAGCUGCUAAUGGAAUCUUGAAGUUAAUUAUAUAAUUACACCCAAGCCAUUUUGCUAUUGCUGCAGCUGGGGAGAAUGAUUUAAUUUAACCAGUAAGAAAGGAAAUAUUAAUUUAAAUUAUUGGACAGAUUAAGCAUUUAACUUUCUCAUUCUUAGUUUACUAAACUUCAUUUUAAAUAAAGUAAAAUAUUAAUUUAUGUCUAAUGCAACGGGUUUCAACAUUGUCUUAUUUAU